GGCUGCAUCUCGGCCCCUUUCUGCUGAUGUCACGGCCCGGGGCCCCGCAGCCGCCUUCCCCGGGCAGGAAACCCUUCCCUGGAUCCUCCUCCCUCGCCUCUCCCCUCCCCGCGGGAGCGGAGCCCGCAGCCCCGGCCACCCCACACGCGGAUGCCCCGGCAGGGUCUGUCCAUGGAUGCCAGCAAGAAGGUGGAUCUGAAGAUAAUCAUCAUUGGAGCACUGGGCGUGGGCAAAACCUCCCUCCUGCACCAGUUUGUGCACAAGACGUUCUAUGAGGAUUACCGCACCACGCUGGGUGCCAGCAUCCUCACCAAGGUCCUCGUGGUGGACAACACCUCCCUGAAGCUGCAGAUCUGGGACACAGGGGGACAGGAGCGAUUCCGAUCCAUGGUGUCAACCUUUUACAAAGGCUCGGAUGGCUGCAUGCUGGCUUUUGACGUGACAGACAGGGAGUCCUUUGAGUCCCUGGACAACUGGAGAGAUGAUUUUCUGGAGAAGGUCAUCCCAAGGGAGCAAGAUUUCCCCAUGGUCGUGCUGGGGAACAAAAUAGACCUCUGCGACCGGCAGGUAUCCAAGGAGACGGCCUCAGCCUGGUGCAAGGAGAAGGACAUCCCUUACUUCGAAGUCAGCGCCAAGAACAACAUCAAUGUCGCGGAGGCUUUCGAGACCCUGGCAAAGCAGGCGCUGGCAACGUACAAAGGGAUCUUUGAGAGUUACCUAACUGACUCCAUCAAACUCACACCCAGCGACAAGCCCAAGAAGAGCUGCUGCUGACCCCGGGCAAGCACAGCCCAGGCGGGCCGGACCCCACGAUGUCCAUGGCCAUCCCGGCCUCGGAGGCUGCCCAAGCCAGGACCCCAUCAGUGACCACUCAGCACACUGGGACCGGCUGCUUGCGCACCCCAGGACUUGCUGCUUCCCACCCGUCCGGAGCUGCUCUCCCGCCGUCCCCCUUGAUCCGCCGGCACCCGAGCGGGUGACUCCCCGUGGUGACGGUGCCAGGGCGCUGCUCCGAUGCCCUCCCAU